UUGAAACAUUAUUUCAGUGCCCAGUGUUAUCUUUAGUAGGUCAUAAUCCUAUCAUGUUGUAAUUAAAUACAAGUAGAAAUGUGUUCGUAUUAAAGUUUGUAUGUGGAAAUAAUAACCUAGAAGGAAAAAGAUACAAUGGAUCUGUACAAAAGUAGGGUAUUAACGGCGUUAUACCUUUUCCUUCAAACUGUGAUAUGCGACUACUCUUGUGUGUGCAAUUACAAUGUUGAAAAAGCGGUAUUUCCAUCGAAAUCGGAGCAAGCACAGCCAAUUGGUUACAUGUAUGAGUUUGAUUGUAAAUAUCAGAUAGGAACUGGUGACAGUGAUAAAGAUUGGAUAAGUAUUGGUUUUGAACACCAAAUUGGGUAUAUAAAGAAAGAUGGACAGAUAAUGGUACAGAUAUGUGCAGGGAGCCGACCUGAUGAAGAUCUUGUAACAACAACACCGGCACCACUAACAACAACACAUUUUGUUACAUCCUCUACGACUAAAUUAUCAACUCCAGAAAAGUCAACAGUAUCUACUACAUUAACAAAGCAAACGUCUACGACAGACCUGCCGACCACAUCUACCUUACCAACGCUAUCUUCUACAGUGUUACCUUCAACAACUUCAGUUACUCCUUCAACGAUACCAGCUUCCACGACAAUACCGUCAACAACAAUUAAUUCGACCAAAUUUUCUUUUCCAUAUUCUUCGUCUACUAGGAUACAAACUACCAAACUUUCAACACCUGUUACAUCUCCAAAUACUGUUUCAUCUUCACACAUGCCACUCUCCACAUUAACUAGAGCUUCUACGACAAGAACAACUACACAUACGGCCCAAACAAAUGCUACAACUUCAAAUUCACCUUCAACCUCAACAACCCAACAGACUACUUUAAAAUCAACAACUUUACCACCAAUUGUGACCACAACUUUGCGACCAAUACAAACAACUAUAGAUACAACGCCAUCUUGCGCUGUGUUAUUGAAAGACGUUAUAUCUAAAGAUAAUGCGACGCUAUUUGCAUAUGGAGAUAAAUGUUUAGAACUCCUUUAUAUACACACCACAUGGGUCAAUGCUGAGCUAGAGUGUAAACGGAAAGGUGGUCAUUUAAUAGAGAUAGAUAAUUCCAUUGAGCAAAGGGUUGUUCACCAAGUUAUUGACACCUAUUAUCAUGAAUCUGUAUGGAUAGGCCUUCAUGACAGACAUCACGAGGAAAGGUUUGAGUGGACUUCAGGAAAAGCCGUUGUUUACACUAAUUGGUAUCCGGGAAGAUUAGAUCCAAAUAACCACUGGACAGAAGAUUGCGUUGCCAUGGCAUUGAAUAAAUAUUCCGGCCGAUGGGAAGAUCGUGACUGUAGUGAGAAAAGGGGCUUCAUCUGUCAGUUUGGAAGGCACACUCUAAAAUUACCAGUCCUGAUUGGAUAGUUUCAGGAAGAUUUGUCACAGACCAACCUAAAUGAAUCAAAAACAAAUAUACAACUAAUGUAACUAAAAUUAUAUUGAUGCCCCUA